AUGGGUCGGGGCGACUCGGCGGCGGCGGCGGCGGCGGCGCCGUUGCUGGAGAAGACGUCGGCCGCGGCGGAGGCGGAGGCGGAGGCGUCGGAGGCGGGCGGCGGGUACUACUACGUGGACGGGUGCCCAGGGUGCGCCGUGGACCGGCACAAGGCGGCGAACCCGGGCAUCCCCUACGCCAACUUCCUCUACGUCUGGAUCGUCACCCUCUGCACAGCUCUAGCUGAUCCAAUUUAA